AUGAGUUUUAAUAUUGAUGAUCCUUUAGCUGGAAUUCUAAGUGAUGGUAGCGACGAUAGUUUUUUUGAUGAUGACGUAUUAGGAAAGAAAAAACCUGCAAGAAAGAAAAGCACACCGAACCUAGAAAAGAAGAGUACUUUGUUUGAUUUAAAGGAUACUGAUAAGCCAAAACCUGUUGCCAGUACACUAGAUAAGAAAGAUUCAAUAUUCGACAUUGAUUCUAAAAAAUCACCAACACCUUUUAAGAGAACUGUGUCAAAGGAAUCUAUAAAAUUUUCCCAAUCAGAACCAAAAGUAAAGGUAGGACUUGAUAAAUUAGAUACAAACAAGUCUCCAGCAAAGUCUAAAGUGAGUACGAGUGCUGACAAACUUGACAUACUCAAUGAAUUAGGUGGAACAAGAAAAGAGUCAGGUAAAACUAUAGAAAAGGGGAAGAGCUCGCAAUCUUUAUUAGAUGAUAUAUUGGGGGGCCCUUCAGUGAAAUCUGGUGGUUCUAGCCAGACAUUACGGCCAGUCACAGCAGGAAAAAGUCAAGAAUUCGAUAUUGAUUCAAUUUUAGGAAAAAGUGAAACCAAAACAUCAGUUUCUAGUAAAAGUUUGCCUCAAAAACCACCUGUUAAAGAUAACGUGAAAGAAGACAGAGAAGCUCCCGCUAAGAAAUCUAAAUCUGCAGAAGACUGGCUGGGUAUAUUUCAAGACAAAGAUGACGGUAAUGACGAUUUGGAAGAUGAAGCGGGUAUGCCAUCGUGGUUAGUGGGGGGUGAUACAAAGAAGAAAAAGUCUGAAGAUAAAAAAUCUACUAAAUCUGAACCCUUUAAAGAAAAACCUAAACCAUCACCCCCGAAAGAAGAACGAACUGAACCAGAUGAGCCACCUCCUGAGGUAAAAAAAGAUAAUGAAGCUGUAGAACAAAUGGUUAAAUUUAAUCCUCCUUCAGCUCCGAAUGUUCUUCAAGGCAGUACUGAGGACAUCACGGCAGAAGGUGCUGCUUUGUACAUGCAGCAACAAGAGUCUCAGAUUAUGGUGGCGCUGCAGCUGAAAGCACAGGAAGAGAAACUAGCGGCUAUGCAAAUGCGUCAGAAAGAGAGUCAGCGAGUACAACGCGAGGCAGCGCUUGCACAACAUGCACAACUGGACGCCAUGUUGCGACGACAAGCGGAGAACAGACAGCAGAUGCAGUCCAUCAUAGCUGUUCAUCAGGAGAGGAUUACUCAGAGAAUAAAGGCACUCCUAGGUUCAGAAAACACGGAUAACGAGGAUAACCCGAAUUAUUCAGAAGAAUUCCAUACAGCGGGAGAUCACAAAGACCCACCACACUUGCGAGAAAAGAAACAGUUGCUACAGUUAGUGCAGUCCCUGCAGGAGAACCACGAUAAGGAAAUUGACCUUAUGGAGACGUCCUACAGGAGACAGCUAGCAUUUUUAGAGGUAUCUUUGACCCAAUGUGAGGAAAGGAUGAAAGAAGAGAGUGAUAAAUUGGUGAAAUAUUAUUCAGAGAAGAUAAAUUGGUUGGAGGAACAUCACCAUCUGUUUAAGAAGUUGACAGAAGAAAACUUGAGCGAGUUAUCUGAACGGCAUAAGACGGAGAACGAAAUGCUUAGACAACAGCAUUUGGAGAACGUGAAGGUAUUACAGGAACACCAUGCUGCACUCAUGGAGAAUGUUAAAACCGCAGUUAAACAGGAACAAGUCUUGAUUCAGGAUUCAGCCAGCUUCUCAUCCGAUCUAAAGGAGUUAGUUGCAGAUGUAAGGGAAAAUAAAGUAUUCUGUAAGGAACUUUUAGAGAAAGUGCAAUCUUUGUCGGAAAAUACUGAACGAAAAUAUGAGGGCAGUCUGCAAAUAAGGGAAACACAAAUAAACGAGAUGUUACAACAAUUAAAAAGUGAACGUGAAAAUAUAGAUUCAGAGAAAUCUGAAAAUAGGGAAACAAUUAAAAUGCUCGAGGCGAGGCUGAAACAAAUGACUUCGAUGGUCGAAGAGGAGACAGCAGCUUUAAAACAGAAGAGAAUGGAGUUUGAAUUCGAAAAAGCAACAUUUAACAAGCAGACUGAAUUCGCUAAGAAUGUUCUUAAGAAACAGGAUGAAGAAAUGAAGAUGCUGAGAGAAGACAUCCAGAAAGAAUAUCAAGAGAAAAUAACGAAAAUAGAUGAAGAGAAAGCUAAGGCAGUGAAGGAGAGUGCGGCAUUAGCUAGGGAAAAGUCAACAAUACAAAAUUUGAAGCAAGAACUUGAAAAAUUGAAAGCUGAACUUCAGGCUCAGUUAGAAGAUGUAUCUGAAGAGAGAUCUAAAUUGAACAUAGACAAACAACAGUUGCAUAUGGAGGAACAACGAGUUAUGGCUAAAAGUCGAGAUUUAGAUCUUCUCGCAAAGUCUGCAAUGGAAAAGCAGACGCACGCUGACAAAAAAUACUCAGAAGCGGAAUUUGUUCAGCGCAAGUAUGAAGAAAGGAUCAGACGGAUUCAAGAGCACGUGGUUUCUCUGAACUCCAGAGAAAAGCAUGUUGCUAGAGAAAAAGUUGCAUUAUCAAGAGAGAGACUACAACUCCAUAAUGAGAGAAAACAAAUUGAGAGUAGACAACAAUGUUCUUUAUGCAAGUCUUCGCAAAACUUCCCACCGUAUUAUGAAGCAAGUUAUGUUUUACCUGAAUCUUUUAUGAAUAUCCCAGUCACUAGGGAUUUGAGGAGUUCCAAUGCUACUAAUGCCAUGAAUGCUAUAGAAGAAGAAAUGUCACACUUGAUGGGAAGAAAUUUGAACUUGCGUCAUAGUGUUGGCAUAGGAGAUCUAAGUCAUCAUGUAGAUGAAAGAUACCAGAGUGAUGAGAGGCAGUCGAAAACAUUACAGUCUGAUAAUAUGCAAGCUGAUUCGGGGCCGUUUAAAGAUUACAUGGAUCCAAAGUUCAUGAUGCUUCGUUUAGAUGUUCAAAAGGUAUUGAGUAAUUUGGACCAGAAUAAAAAGGGAGAUGGAGAUUUUGCAGUCGAAGAUGAAAUUGAAGAUGAAUGA